UUCAACUCACACUUGCAACCGAUCAGAGUUCACUAGCUGCUAGCUGCUAGACGUCAGCUGCUUUGAUAAUCAGCCAGAGCUUUCCAGUUAGUUUGUGGUUGGCUUCUUGCAUCGAGGGUAGCUAGAUCGAUCGAUGGCGCCUAAUGGUGACGCGGCGGUGGCGGCGGCGGAGGCGGUGCCGAUGGGGCGGCCGAGGCAGCAGCAGAAGCCGCGGAGGAUCUCGAUGGAGGGGCUCCAGCGCGCCAUGUCCGACCUGGCCCUGGAAUUCACCAAGAAGGCGGCCGUGCUGGACGCGGCGGCCAGGCUGCCGGCGGUGUCGGAGCAGGUGGACGACGCGCGCUGCGAGUGCUGCGGCAUGACGGAGGAGUGCUCGGCCGAGUACGUGCGGCGCGUGCGGGAGCGGUACUGCGGGCGGUGGGUGUGCGGGCUCUGCGCGGCGGCGGUGACCGACGAGGCGGACAGGAGCCGGAGCACCACGGAGGAGGCGCUGGCCGCGCACAUCGCCGUGUGCGGGCGGUUCAACCGGCUGGGGCGCGCCAACCCGGUGCUCAUGCAGACGGAGGCCAUGAGGGAGAUCUUCAGGAAGAGGGGCAAGUCCAACAGUCCCAGGGACGGCGCGAAUGCCGGUGGCCUCGCCAGGAGCUCCAGCUGCAUGUCGGCCAUCACCAAGGACCUCAACUGUACCAUUAAAAAAUAGUCAGGGAGUGUCCGACGUCUUUUCCGGCUGGCUGGGCAGGCCAACGCAAGAGGAUCGUGAAAACUACGUAUAUCUCAUAAAGCUAUGUAUGUACAUACAGCUCAAGCUCAGUGUGGAAUCAUCAGUGGUAUAUGCUGUAUGAUAUUCGGAAGUAAGGUUUAGCUAAACAAA